AUGUGGCAGCAUAUCAAUGGCAUUAUCAUCUUUAUGAUCAUUUGUGGAUAUGGUAUCAUUGAAUCGCAUGGAUAUUACGAUUCCAGUUAUGCUUAUCUCUUUGUCAAGAAUGAAUUUACUCAAAAGGAGCAAACAUUUUGUGUUAAUUACGAGCAAUGGCGAACGCAACAGAUAGCAAAGGAUGUCAAAAAUGCCGAGAUGUUACGACUUGGUUGGUGGGGUGGAACUGUUAAUAAUACCAAUGUUUGUAAUGAAGAUGAACCAGUCUUGCUUAAGAAAAAAGCAGUAGCACUGAAUUAUCGUCUGAAAGUCGAAAGUGGAUUCUGUGCAAUUCAGUUUGCUAAGGAGAAUAUAAGCUCUAAGAAAGCUUUGCAGUAUGAAGUAGAUCGAUUGGCUUCAAGAAAUGCCAGCGCUGCCAUUAUGCUUGUUGACAAAGGUUAUAAAUAUAUCAGCAAAUGGGCAGAUUAUUUGUUUUCCGAAUUUUACGAUCCAGAUUUCAAUCAAUCCACCAAACUGUCGACAUUUUUCAUGUACAGAACUUCAUUCUUUGACGAAAUGCUGAAAUUGAGUAGCGAUAGAAGUGGAAAAGAAUUAUUGCUGCAAUUCUAUAGACCGCUGGAUUCUCAGUGGGAUAUAUCCAUGUUAAUUAUUUGGCUUAUAGCUGUAUUUUGUGUUACAGUAGGUGGAUAUUGGGCAGCCCUCUUAAAAAUAUAUGAAGAAACUAGUAUUUUUCGUGGAUCUCAACAAACUUCGACUACUGAAAGUGUACAAAAAUCAAGAAGUUGGCUAAAUGAUGAACAAACAACUUCAACAAAUUGCUUAUUUAUUAUCAUUGUGAUGCUUAUUAUUAUUGCUGUUUUAAUGCUUGGUUUCUAUUUUCGUGCUGUUAUGGUAUUCAUUUUCAACAUAUUACUUGCAAUCACUGGCACAUUCAGUAUUCAUCGUUGUUUAACGGCAUUAUUUGGAUCGAUUUGCAAAUGUGGCCACUGUCGGAUAUGCAUCUCGAUGAAUGAUGUAACACGAUCGAUAUUCCGGCGUGAUUUAUUCAACUACGAAUGUUGCACCGAACGACCGCUUUUAAUGUCUGUCAUGAUGUUUCUCUGUGCAGCAUCAUUUUGUAUCACCUGGUUUGUAUUCCGACGUCAUCCAUAUGCAUUUUUACUGCUUGAUUUCAUUAACAUCGCAGUUUGCAUCCAUAUUUUAAAAGGCCUUCGAUUCCCGAAUUUGAUGUGGUUGACAAUUCUUCUGAUGUGCAUGUUUGUAUAUGAUAUGUUCAUGGUAUUUAUCACACCUUUUCUUACUAAGAGUGGAUGUUCCGUGAUGAUUGAGGUUGCAGCUGGAACGGAUUGCUCAAAAGCAAGUGGUGGUUAUCUUGUAGCACCAAUUAAUACUGAUGUACCGGAAAAGUUUCCAAUGCUUUUCCAAGUACCACGAUUAAGCGAUCCGAUGAUUUCAUGCAUCGAUUUAGAAAUUGAAAAGGGAUUCCAUCCAAUAAUCCUUGGAUUAGGUGAUGUUAUAUUACCUGGUUAUCUGAUCUGUUUUUGUUUUACUGUCGAUUUCGUUGUUCGCACACGUCAUCUUUAUGGAUUUGUUUCAAUUAUCGGUUAUGGAUUUGGUCUUAUUGUAACAUUCAUCGCUUUGACCUUGAUGAAAACUGCACAACCUGCUUUAAUUUAUUUGAUACCUUUUACAUUAGCACCCAUUAUUAUACUUGCACUCAUUCGGCAAGAGUUUAAACUUCUUUGGACUGGAGACUUUCCGAAAUCUGAGAUAAAACUUCACGUCUUGAAAAAAUGUUUUAUAGAACCGAAUGACGUAAAUAUUGAUGAGUAUCCUUUGACACUUCUCUGA